AUGGAUGACAAUACGCAAUCUCGCUUAUUACAAUUACUUGUACAUGCAGAGGACGAUGAGAUUGAGGCUAUUACUGCAAUAAUAUCCAAUUACUCAACAACUUUAUUGAAAGAGCCUUGUAGAACCAGUUCGCAAUCAGGUCAUGCAUGGGUGCAAGAAAUUUUGCAAAGGUAUCCUCAACGUUGUUAUGAUAUGUUUCGUAUGGAAAAAGAUAUUUUUCUUCAACUUUGUGACGAACUAGUGCAACAUGGCCUACGUCCAACCAGAAGAACAGGGAUUUAUGAAAUGGUCGGUAUGUUCCUAAAUAUUAUUGGACAUGGAGUGGGGAAUAGGAUGGCACAAGAACGAUUUCAACAUUCAGUAAAGACUGUUCAUAGGCAUUUUAGAAAUGUAUUGCAUGCUUGUGAGAAGCUAGCAAAGGAAUAUAUCCAACUAAAAGAUUGCACUUUUCAAGAUAUUCAUCCAAAAAUUUUAGGUGAUCUGCAAUAUUGGCCAUUCUUUAAAGAUGCCAUAGGAACAAUUGAUGGCACACAUAUCCCAUGUGUGGUUAGUGUUGAAGAGCAAGGGAAAUAUAUUGGAAGGAAAGGUAUUCCAACACAAAAUAUAAUGGCCGCAUGUGAUGGGGAUAUGUGCUUUACUUAUGUCAUGGCUGGAUGGGAAGGGACUGCUCAUGAUGCUCGUUUGUUUGACUAUGCUCUCACAAGGCCGAACAUGAAAUUUCCACAUCCACCCCAAGGUAAAUAUUAUUUGUUAAAUGCUAGCUAUCCAACUCCACGUGGAUAUUUAGGUCCUUAUAGAUCUCAUAGGUACCACCUUCCAGAUUUCAGGCGUUCAUCUAGAUUUGCAAAUAAUAAUGAGCAAGUUCGUAUUGUUGGUGCAACAAUGGCUAUACAUAAUUUUAUUAGAAGAAAAUCUAUAACUGAUUCUGACUUCAGGAAUUUUGAGGAUGAAAAUAUGGUUAACACUAUCGAUGAUAUUAAUGAGCCUGCAUUUUCAUCAACAAUUUCAAGUGUAAUUUCAAGCAUAGCUUCUGAUAGAGAAAUUAAUAGGGUUCGAGAUUCUAUUAAAGAUCAGAUUGUAUAUUAUAGAUCGAACCAUUAA